AAAAUCUCAGUAACAGCCUCUCUCUGACUUGCCUCAGCUCAUAGGGCUUUUAGGAUCAUGGCCUAUAAAAUGCUUCAAGUGGCCCUGUGUUCAACAUUGCUUAUAGGAGUGUUGGGAGCACCAUUUUCGCUGGACGACUCAGCAAACCAGUUCCUACAUCUCAAAAGACACAUGUAUUUGCAGGAUUACUGGGACCCAGAUCACAGUCCAAAUAUGUGGGGAAACAUGCUGACUGAUCAGGCUCGUGAAACAUGGACUAAUUUGAGAACAACAGCACAGUAUUAUCUGGACAUGAGUACCUUCACUUUUGACAUGUUUACUGCCCAGUAAACGUGCUUUGCUGGCUAAAUCAGGGGAGCAAAAAUGAUGGGAUUCAACAUGGAAAUGUACCAAAACCAUGGUCUUUGCAGACCUGGUAGCAAGUCCUGGCCAUUUGCUCAAUUCUUUAUUACGUCUAUCUCAUGUGAAAGUGCAUGUAGAGACCUAGAAUUAGAAGUUCACAAUACAUGGGAGGUCUUAAAACAAGAACUUGAAAAUAAAGACUGCAGUACUAACUUUUAUCAGAAAGGGGCUUUUAUGGGAAAAGGAAAUAAAAAACAAAAAGAUGGCAUCAUUUCUAUUCCCUGUUCAUGGUUUUUGUUGUCUAUUGCCUCUUCUUUGGGAGAGUUAGUUUACUUUCUAAUUAAAGGAAGAGGGACCUCUGAAAUGGAGUUGGUUCUCUUCUCCUUUCUUAUAAUCCUUUUCACUUUCUGAAUCCCAUCUGUUUUAAGAUCAACUCACAUGGUGGAAAAGAUCAUGACUAGGAACUCACUGGAAGCCACUCACCUGUAAGUGCAAACUUCUUUAUAAGUUUUGUUGAAUUUGUGCAAGUUUUACAUUCUAGUCCA